CAACAGGAAGCAGUGGAGUGCAGUGGAAGAGGGACAACAAAAUGGAGCAUUUCAACAAAGCCAAGGCCGUGAAGCUACGGAGCCACCUAGGGAAGUACCUGGUGGCCGACGACGACCACCAUAAAAUCCGUCAGAGUAAAAACGGCUCAACCAGAAAGGCAAUAUGGUUGGUGGAGCACGUGAAAGGGAAGAGCCACCACGUGCGUCUCAGGAACUCGAACGGACGUUACCUAACGGCGACGGACGCGCCCUUUCUGUUAGGCGUGACGGGGAACAAGGUGGUGCAGGGGAGUUUGGAGGAGGGUUGGGAUGGGAAAUUGGAAUGGGAACCCAUAACGGAAGGAUUCCACGUGAGACUGAGAAGCUGGUGCGGGAGGUACCUUAGAGGGAACGGUGGAACGUUACCGUGGAGAAACUCGAUCACGCACGAUGACCCUUAUAGUUCCGUCACUCAUGAUUGGAUCUUGUGGGGUGUGGAGCCUCUGGAGUUUCCCGACAAACUGCUUUCUUCGCCGGAGACUCACUUUUCGUCGGAAGAACCGGGUUCGCCCACGUCGCUUUCGUCACUGUCGCGGAGCACAAGUUCUGACACCGUGUUCCGCUCCGGCAUGGAGUUCUUCCACCGCGCAAAGGUGGUGCGGCUGCGGAGCCACCACGACAAGUACCUCCUGGCGGAUGAUGACGAGGAGUCGGUGACCCAGGACCGAAACGGAUCCUCCAGGAACUCCAAGUGGACGGUGGAGCUCAUUCCGGAGUUCGACAACCUCUUACGGCUAAAGAGCUGUUACGGCAAGUAUUUAACGGCGUCGAACCAGCCGUUGCUGCUGGGUGUGACGGGGCGCAAGGUGGUGCAGAGCAUGCCGCGGCGGCUGGACUCCUCCGUGGAGUGGGAGCCUGUGCGGGAGGGCGCGCAGGUGAAGCUGAAGACCCGUUACGGGAACUAUCUGAGGGCCAACGGGGGCCUCCCACCUUGGAGGAACUCUGUGACGCACGAUAUCCCUCAUAGGACCGCCACACAGGAUUGGAUCUUGUGGGAUGUUGAUGUGUUGGAGAUCCACGUCGUGUCCCCUGCUCCUCCUCCCAUUCCUCACUCCGAUUCCCUCGAUUUCGAUUCCUCUACUCCCUCUGCCGUUUCCAUCAAAUCCACUACUUUCUCCAGACAAGAGUCAACGGAUUCAUAUGUGGGUUCGCCACCAAAGUCGGAGGGAAGGACUAUAUACUACCAUGUUGCAGAGGAUAAUGGGGACGUGGAUGAUGAGAAUGUGCAGGGUUAUUCUUUGGCUUUCAAAGGGAAUGGGGUUGAGCAGUUGACUCGGAAGUUUGAGGAAGAGACGGGGCUUGAAGGAGUUAUCGUGUGUACUCGAAGUCCUUUGAAUGGAAAACUCUACCCUCUUCGCUUGCAGCUUCCUCCCAACAAUGUCACCAUGCAGGUUGUUUUGGUUCUUCCCUCGUCUAAAGUGGCAAAAGACUUUGAGGAGCAAGGUCUACUUUGACAAGCUAGAUUUGUUGGAGUCUUGAAUCUACUGAAAUGCAAGGCCUAUUUCCGUUGUGAUCCAAAGCGUGUUUCGAAUUUUAUGUGAUAACAUUUAAGAAUUUGUUGCAAAACUUCAGCUAUUUCAAGUGAUUCCCUUGCAUUCGUAAGGAAGAAUACGUGGAGGUCAAAUUGUACCUUAAAAGUAUUUUGGUAAGGCUCAUGUCAGCAAUAUCCACUAUUAAGUGGUGUUCAAUACUUACUAGAAUGUAGGCGACUCUUAUGCAGAGCCUUUGUUGGGCUUCUUAUUUAUUAGUGCUAGCUUUCAUCUCAGUUUAUUAAUAUGGAUUCAGAUAUUUUGUUGUAUCUAAUUUUUUUGAUAUUUUUCUUGUUUCAUGUAUUUUAAGCCACUUGUAUAGACACUGUCAGAAAAGUAGAGCUAAAUUAUUUUUAGUCAUACAUGAA